AUGUUUGAUUUAAAUACAUUAGUACGACCAAACAUUCUAACAUUGGAACCAUAUCGUUGUGCAAGAGAUGAUUUCAAAGUAGGCAUAUUAUUAGAUGCAAAUGAAAAUACUCAUGGACCUGCAUUAUCUGAAAUAUCAGAAACUGAAAAAUUUUUAGAAUUAAAUAGAUAUCCUGAUCCUCAUCAACAUGAAUUAAAACAACAAAUUAUCAAUUUUAGAAAUUCAAAACCAAAUCAAUAUAGUGAACAACCAUUGGAGAUUGAAAAUUUAUGUUUAGGAGUUGGAUCAGAUGAAAGUAUUGAUAUGUUAUUAAGAUGUUGUUGUAAACCUGGUGAAGAUAAAUUAUUGAUUUGUCCUCCAACUUAUGGAAUGUAUAAUAUUUGUGCUACUAUAAAUGAUGUGGAAAUAGUAAGAAUACCGUUAACUGUUCCUGAUUUUCAAAUUGAUUCUAAUGCUAUACUAAAUAAAAUAACUGAAGAUCCGAAUAUAAAACUAUUAUAUUUAACUUCUCCAGGUAAUCCAACAGCAAAACUUAUAAAUGUUGAAAGUAUAAUCGAUCUAUUGAAGAGAAGUAGUUCUAAAUGGAAUGGAUUAAUAGUAGUAGAUGAAGCUUAUAUUGAUUUUACAUUACCUAAUGGAUCAUAUAGUCAAUCAAUGUCAACAUUAGUCAAUCAAUUCCCCAAUUUAGUAGUAUUACAAACACUAAGUAAAUCAUUUGGAUUAGCUGGUAUAAGAUUAGGAAUAACAUAUACAAAUAAAAAAUUAUCUAAAUUAUUAAAUUCAAUGAAAUAUCCUUAUAAUAUUUCAUCAUUAACUUCAAAUGUAGCAUUAAAAGCUACAACAAAAGAAGGAAUAUCAAUAAUGCAAGACUAUGUUAAAAAAAUAAUUGAACAAAGAGAAAUAGUUUUGAAUAAAAUCUUAGAUUUAAAAUAUGUGGGGAAAAAUUUAGGAGGAAAAGAUGCAAAUUUUAUAUUAGUUGAAAUUUUAGAUAAAUUUGGCAAACCUUCAAAUGAAAUUGCUUCUAAAUUAUAUAAUACUUUAGCUGUUGAUAAUUCUGUUGUUGUUAGAUUUAGAGGUAAUGAAUUGAAUUGUUUUGGUGGAUUAAGAAUUUCAAUUGGUACUGAAGAAGAAAAUAAGACAUUGUUGUAUAAAUUUGAAAGAGUAUUGAAUGAAUUGAAUGCUUAA